AUGGCUUCUGCGGUGCUAGAGGAAGCCAAGCGGAUUUCUGCGGGGUUUGAGUACUCUACAGAGGAGCUCAACAAGGGGGUGGAGGAGUUUCUACAUGAGAUGGAAGUUGGACUGUCUCAAAACAGUGGUUCCGGACUGAGCCAGAUCCCGACUUACAUUACUUCUAUGCCCGACGGGACGGAGAAGGGCGUAUACCUGGCUGUCGACCUUGGUGGUACCAACCUGCGAGUUUGCUCUGUCAACUUGCAUGGAGACUCCACUCACUCGAUGAUACAAUCGAAGUCUGCCAUCCCUAGAGAGCUGAUGGUUGCUGAGCAUGGCUCAGAUCUAUUUAAUUUCCUAGCAAAGCAAAUUGAGGCGUUCCUACGCGAGCACCAUUCGGAGCAGUUCAGCUCUCACAUCGAGAAGAGACAGACGGGGGAAGUGAACGAGCCAUAUGCUGAGGAACAGGUGUUUGACCUUGGAUUUACCUUCAGUUUCCCUGUCAUCCAGCAUGGAAUCAACAAAGGUGAACUAUACCGGUGGACAAAGGGAUUUGACAUCCCUGAAGUUAUUGGUAAGGACAUCUGCCAGCUGUUACAGACAGCGAUUGAUGAGCUCAAGCUGCCCGUUCGGGUUGCAGCACUCAUCAACGACACCGUGGGAACGCUGAUGGCGCGGUCAUAUUGCUCUCCCGGCAGCUCAACGACGCUGAUAGGAGCUAUAUUUGGGACCGGAACCAAUGGAGCAUAUGUCGAGAAGAUGCUCCGCGUUAAAAAGAUGGAACAGUGCAGCAGCAGCGCAUAUAAUAAGUCAGCGCCCGACAUGGUGAUAAAUGCUGAGUGGGGUAGUUUUGACAAUGCCCUCAAGGUGCUCCCAAACACGGAGUUUGAUAUCCAGUUGGACAAUGCGACCUUCAAUCCCGGGGUCCAGAUGUUCGAAAAGCGGAUCUCGGGCAUGUUCCUAGGCGAAAUCCUCCGUCUUGCGAUCCUCUCGAUGGUGGAGAACCCUUCUGUCAGCCUGUUUGGUAGCCCGGCGACGAUCGACAAGAAAUCUACCCUGUACCAAGCAUGGGCGAUUGAUGCCAGCAUCCUGAGCAUUGUCGAGAGUGACAACUCUGAAGAUCUCCAGGCCGCGAAGGAGCAGAUACGCAAGGAUCUUAACAUCACGGAUGUUAGUACGAGUGAUUGCCAGGCCGUCAAGCUCGUAGCACACUCUAUCGGCAAGCGUGCAGCACGACUGGGGGCUAUCGCUCUGGGCGCCAUCGUCAUCUCCAGCGGCCGACUGGCGACUGACGAAAUGGUUGAUAUCGGCGUCGAUGGCAGCCUGAUCGAGCACUACCCCGGCUUCGAGGGUUAUAUUCGGGAGGCUUUUCGUGAGAUACCGGCCAUCGGACCGGCUGGGGAGAAGAAGAUUCGGGUCGGGAUCGCAAAGGACGGCAGCGGUGUAGGAGCAGCGCUAGGAGCCCUGGUGGCCAAGAAGACAUCUCAAACGCUGCAAGGGUAA